AUGACGUGCUGUGAGGGAUGGACAUCUUGCAACGGUUUCAGCCUGCUGGUUCUGCUGCUGCUAGGAAUAAUUGUCAAUGCCAUACCUCUGGGUAUCAGCUGGGUGGAGAGCGAUGGAGAUUUUCAAAACGUCAUCUCUUGCUAUGAGUGGUGGUUCCCAGGAAUCAUAGGAGCAGGUUUGAUGGUCAUUCCAGCAACAGCGAUGUCCUUGGCAGCGAGAAAACGAGCGUGCUGCAACCACAGGACCGGGAUGCUUCUCUCAUCGCUUCUAAAUGUCCUCACGGUCACUGGUGCUCUGUACUGCAUGUUGGUAUCACUCCAGGCUCUCUCAGAAGGUCCUCUCGUGUGUAACUCUCAAGGCAACAGUACUGUUACCUGUGAAUUUUCAUUGAAAAACUUAACAGACUUUGAUCCAAAAUCCUUUAAUCUGAAGUGGUUCUUCAAUGACACCUGUGGAUCUCCCACUGGCCCGAGAAACCCCAGCAUGAGCGGCAGCACCGUCAGUAACUGGAGAAUACCAAGCUCCAACUCUGAGGCAGACAGACACAGGAUUUUCCACUUCUCCGUAUUUCUGAGUCUACUGCUUGUUGGGAUCCUCGAGGCCCUGUUCGGCCUCAGUCAGAUACUCAUUGGUCUCCUUGGCUGUUUAUGUGGUGGUGUCUCUAGGCGAAGGGGUCAAAUUGUGUAG